AUGGGACCCUGCAGGUCUUUCUGAGGUCUGGCUUGACACCUUCCACCUGUGCGAGGAGGGGUCAGCUGCUCCUGCCCAGCACUGCCAUGCAGGAUGGGCCUGUGUCAUCUCUGGCCAGCUUCACACUGAAUGCUGUGACCUUGGUCCACGGGGGCACCUCCAGGUGCUAUGGCUCACACAGUGCCACCCCCUACCUGCUGUCACAGCCCAGGGAACCCCUAGAGCUCGGGGUAUCAGCCUCACCCCUGAAGCCCACCAGGGACUUGCCUGGGGAGGAGCAGCCAGCUGAAGUGGGGGGCAGGCAGCCCAGCCCUCACCUCCCACCCACCCCAGGAGGCCCUGAGGACCAGCCCCUCUCCCCCACGGACCCAGGACCCCAGAGUGGUGAGUGAGGGGCUCUGGUGGGAGGUGGGUCCAGGGCAGGGCUGAGCUGAGGGGGGCAGCCCCCUCUGGAGAUGCUGACGGGGACCAGCCCCUCCCCUCUGGGCCUCAGUUUCUCCCAGGGCAGAGGAGAGGCCUGGCCCUGACCUUCAAGUGCCUCUCAGGCUGACCUUGGCUGUGCCCUGCUGGGAGAGGGGCCUCCAGGGACGCCUCCAGUAUCUGAAUCUGCAGGGCUCUGUCCCCUGUGUGCAGUGACAGUGACACUGAGCAGGGGAGGGCUCAGGGCCAUCGGGGUGUCAGGCUCUUUCCCUCCAGCUCAGGGCUGAGCUCUGGUGGAGAGGAGACUGGGAGUCAGACUCCCCCAGUUCAGGCCGGCUCUGCUGCUUCCUGCUUGGUGACUGGGCAGGGGACCCCCCUCUGAGCCUCAGUUUCCUCAUCUGUUCUGGGGAGUGGGUGGCAGUGCCAUGAUGCCUGAGUGACAUGGCUGGAGGUGACAGGUGGAAAGACCAGCAGGGCUGGCACACAGUAGGUGCUCAGGUAAGCGGCAUGGCUCCUGGUUCACAAUGAAGGCACCUGCAGGU